UGACAGCAAUUUAUUUGUUUCCAUGUCGCAAUUCAAUAGGGAUGCGCUUGGAAGAUCUUACAGUUGCCUUCAUUAUUCGGGAGAUUCUUUUUCUCGGGUGGUUUGAUUUGUGGUUCAAGUUAAUUGUGCCAUUUAUUGCCGAGCCCAAAUUGGAGCUGCUUAAGAUUAAAAUCUAUUCCCACCUGUUCUUUCCCUUACUAAAAAGAGUUGAGCUAAUUUCUUUUAUGAGGAGGCAUAAAUUUCAAUGAUCAUGUUAAGUUGGCUCCCAUUUCUUUAACCCCAAAUUGCCCCGCCCGGAGUAGUUAAUCGAGUAGGCGAGAGCCGUGAGCGUCGUGAUUCGUGUGCCGAUUCACUCUGCCGGUCUCAUUUGACUGACUAGGGCGAACCAUUUCGGAAAUAUCUAGACGCAAUCAAGCUUGCACAUCGAAAAAAUCAACAACCUUAGAAGCAAUUUGAAGUCAAUCGCCUGCGGAUGAGUCAGUACGUAUAAUUGAUUGCCAUGGGCGACUAGUUAAUUUAAUUUAGUUUCUUUCUUUUGUAUAACCGACUGUCAUUAAUCUUCCUGGUUUACAUCUGCCUGAAAUCGUUUUAGCAAUUUCUACUUGUCUAAACGUUUUAAUAAUGCAUCCUCCCCACAUGCACGUGACGAAGUUCAACGAACGUUUGCCUAAUCCGCCGAAAGCCAUCUGCUCUCUACCGGCUCGAUCGCUUUUGAAUCCUGUCAUGCGUGUGCAUAUUAUGCAUUUCAUUCCGGCAGUUUUAGAAACCGCAAUCCGACCAAUUGAAUGAAAUCUUUUAACUUCAAACAAAUUCAUUCGAUCGGAGAACAGGGAGGUCGACGUACUUGUGAAUCCGUCGGAAAUCUUUUUGAGUAGAGCUCAGCAGGAGCUGCUUUUUGGUUGUUUGACGGAGCGUGAUUCCAUUUAUUAGUAUCCCGCCCAGAAGCCCCAAGGCAGUUGUUCAAGCUGUGCAUCAUCACUACACUACAGUGGGAGAAAAAGAUGAGUAAAACAACACGGAAGUCUCUCGGCCGUCGAAGGGAGAGAGAGAGAGGCAUUUUUAUGAUUUGCCCUGCGGCGUUCUUUUGUGGGAGCGUGCAACGGGAAGAAGAAAAGUACCGAUAUUCGUGCAAGUGUUGGCCAGUCAACAGACAACUCUCUCGUGAAUGUGUACAACGUUUUCCUUGCAUUCAAGUGGCGGUAUUAUACGACUCUCCAAGUUUUCCCCCAUUUAAAACAUUCAAUUUUUCGUUUCCGUUGCGAGUGUUUUUAAUUGGUUCCGAGGAAACAAAGCAUUGUUGGUAUUGUUGCGCUAUCAACCGUAGAAAGGCCCUCGACGGGGUUGCCUCAGAUUCUAUUAGAGGUUAUGCAGUAGUAUACUGUUAACGAAGCGAUGGGAACUUAAUAUUGGCCUUCCUUGAGGAGGAAGUAAAGUUUGUUUGUCUCUCGUCUCCAAACUGAAACCUCGGGACUAACUUUUAAGUGAACUCGCCAUGGCGAGCACAAUGGACGCAUUCAAAGGUGUCUUCCGCGAGGAACCCUGGGCUACGCCACUGCUGGCCAUGUCUGUCAUCACCCUGUGCUCACUUUUACUGUACACAGUCGUCUGUUUCUGCUUUUGGAUCAAGCCUUCCUUGUCCAGGAGGUCUUCGUUACUGCCGUGGUUGCAAAUUCCAUUUCUCAUCGGCUUGAUGUGCUUGGCUUCCAUCGCCAUCGUUGCGGCUGUGCCAUUAAACGAUGGAUCGUGUCGCACCCUUUUUAUUGGCCCCGGAGUCGGUUAUGCGCUCCUGGCCGCUGGAUUGCUGUCUAGAAUCAUCCAGCACACUAUGCGAGCCCAUGUGUUCCUUCACUGGCUCCUCAUCUUCUUCGUCGUUUUGAAUCAAUUCGUCAUCAGCAUCGCCUAUUUGUUCCGCAGCACCCGGAAGACUUGCAGUUUGACAGUUCACGAUCAGCUGUUGAUGAUGCUCUACCCAGCGUUGCUGAUUGGAGUAAUUUUACUUCUGGUCUACCGGACAACCCGAAGAACUCGAUCGCAAUGGAAAUCUCGACAAGCGAUUCACGUUGGACUGGCUGCCACAUUUGGAGGAGCCUUUGCCGGAUGUUGGUUAGGAGCCGCUUGCGUCCUCGGCGAUGCUCUCCUGUCCUCCUGCAUCGGAUUCGGCUGCCUGACAACUUCUGUGAUUGUUUCUCUUAUCGCUCUGAUCCCCAAACAGGAGCGCAUCGAUGUCACUGACGACAGCAUCUACUCGGAGAAGGAAGAUGCCGUCUAUCACCAAGAACGUAAUCCCAAAGACAUGCAUGUAGUUACAGAGUAUAUGGAACCGGUAAGCCGGAGCUCAGAAAAGCAAAUCCUUAGUGAUCCAGAGAUUAUUAUAGUGCCGAUUAGUCCUGACGGCCAAACCAUUCCGGACAUAGCUUUACAGGCCAUAAAUAAAGCUCGCAACGGUCAAUAUCAUCAUCACCACGGUGGUAAUCGGAGAUCUCGUGAUCAUGUCGAUGUCGGACGAGGUCAUCAUCAUCAUCAUCACCACCAACAGCAAGGAGGCCAGCAGCAACGAUCUCCUCAUCGUUGGCACAAUAAACUACGCCCGGAGAUGACUUCCAGCCGCAAGACCAAUAAAACCCUUAGGUCACGAAAAGAGGUCGGCAAUCGUGGCCAGUCUAGAAACGGUCCGGCGGACAAAGUUCAUCGAACACCCUACAAUCACCGCGGCUGGCUUUACUGACGGAAACAAAAGUACGAUUGUGAGUCAUUGUAAAACAAGGUAUUCGUUGCUUUUCAUAUCACAAAGUUUACGUAUUUAUUAGUACCUUUUACCCUGUACCCUGUAUCUAUUUUAAAAGAAGCGCGUUGACUGUGUGCAUGUGGCUUCUUUUAAAAAAGUUGGUUGUCGCAUAUUCCUAUUCUCAUAGCUGUUAUUUGUAAUACAAUAUUUUAUUAUGUUCUAAA